AUGGGAAUUUGGGAAAAGAUUCAUGUCGCCUGGAAGGGUGAAAACACUGCUGACUCUCAGCCUGUUACUUCUGGCGACCAGACAAAUACUGAACCAAAAGAGACUCACGUUAAUGAGGGAAAGAACUAUGAUUUUGAUGACAUCGUCAGCUUAAUCAAGACCAAACCUGAUAACGUUAUUUUACUUGAUGUCAGGGAGCCCGAAGAGUUCGCCAUUGUUCAAAUUCCAGGCUCUGUGAACAUGCCUUACAAGUCCGCCCCUGAUGCGCUAGCAUAUGGCGAUGAAGAGUUUAAAGGGAAAUUCGGUUUCCCUAAACCUUCCAAGGAUCAAGAACUAGUAUUUUUCUGUGCUGCUGGUCGCAGGGCACUGGGUGCCCAAAGCAAAGCCGUUGAAGAAGGUUACACAAACGCCUCCAUUUACUCUGGGUCUACAAACGACUGGGUCGCCAAGGGCGGAGACAAACUCCAACUCUAA